GCAUACACAAAUUGCUUAGCUGUCAAUUGAUAUCUAACCUCAAAGGUUAUGUUGACGUUGAUUUGGGUGUUGAAUUCUGUUAUCUAUACAAAUAAGCGAGUAGAAAACGAUAAAUGACGUGUAAUGCUAACCAGCUAACGUUUGCAUUUAUUUACACUAUCUAGAUUAUCUAUAGAAACUUGUUAAGAUGAGGGCUUUAAUUUUGGUUGGUGGCUACGGCACAAGACUGAGACCUUUAACGCUAAGCAGGCCAAAACCUUUGGUGGAAUUCGCAAACAAGCCCAUUUUGUUGCAUCAAAUUGAAGCUUUGGUCGAAGCUGGUGUAACUGAGGUAAUAUUGGCUGUAUCAUACAGAGCCGAGCAAAUGGAAGAAGAACUAACUGCAGAAGCCACCAAAUUAGGUAUAUCAAUAGUAUUUUCCCAUGAGACUGAACCGUUAGGUACUGCUGGACCAAUUGCUCUAGCUAAGAACAUUUUGCAGAAAAGUGCCAAGCCUUUCUUUGUACUAAACUCUGAUAUUAUCUGCGAUUUUCCAUUUAAAGAACUGGCUGCUUUUCACAACAGCCAUGGUAAAGAGGGUACCAUUGUUGUGACCAAAGUUGAAGAGCCCUCCAAAUAUGGUGUAGUUGUAUACGAUGACGGUAACUGCAUUGAGAGUUUUGUGGAGAAACCCCAAGAAUUUAUUUCCAACAAAAUUAAUGCCGGCUUGUAUAUUUUGAAUCCAAGUAUUUUAAAUAGAAUUGAACUCCGUCCCACUUCUAUAGAGAAAGAGGUUUUCCCUGGAAUGGCCUCUGAUAAGGAAUUGUAUGCCUUUGAAUUACAAGGAUUCUGGAUGGAUGUAGGCCAGCCCAAGGAUUUCCUAACUGGCAUGUGCUUGUAUCUGAAGCAUUUAAGAUCCCAGAACUCUGAAAAAUUGUACAAGGGACCAGGUGUUGUUGGGAAUGUCUUAGUUCACCCUUCAGCUAAAAUUGGCUCAAACUGCCAAAUUGGGCCUAAUGUCACUAUAGGACCAGGGGUAGUCAUUGAAGAUGGUGUUUGCAUUAAGAGGUGCACAAUCCUAAGAGAUGCCACUAUUAAAUCCAACACUUGGAUGGAAAGCUGUAUUGUGGGUUGGAAAUGCAGUGUGGGAAGAUGGGUAAGGAUGGAAGGAACUACAGUCUUAGGUGAAGAUGUUAUUGUCAAAGACGAAACAUAUAUUAACGGUGGGCAAGUGUUGCCUCACAAGAACAUUGCCAAUUCAGUUCCUGAACCACAAAUUAUAAUGUAAAUUUUAUAUCUUGUUUGUGAUUGUAAUAUUGUUUUGUUUAGAGUUAUUUUUUAUGUAUUAGAUACAUAGUAACCAUUCCCAAUACUAUAUUUUAUAAUGUCUUGUUUUUAAUAAAAUUAUUUAAUUUAAUACACUAUUUUAAUACAA